GGUAGGAGAAAGGGUAGAGAAGAACCACGGACUAACGAGCACCGCCGCUGGAAUUCAGAGAGCGGGAGAGUCCACGCUGUACGAUCCCUCCAAGGACGUCAAGACUCUGUCACCGUUGCCCCGUGGCAUUGUGAGAGAAGCAAGAGAGGCCACGACUCACCGCUGAAUCUCUCAACCUGUACCAGAAUUUUAGAUCUCGCACAGCCCAGCACACACGCCCACAGCGGUCGUGCGUUGCGUGUGUGUGGCACAGGCCUGCUUCGCAGCGAUCCGAGGCUUAAGGGACAGAGGGCGCUGCUGCGUGGGUAGGCGUGGCGAGACGGGGGGAUGGCACAACCAGGAGAAAAUGGCGGGCCCCCCGCGGUCCCUCAGAUCGCGCCCCUGGCGAAGUACAAGCUGGUUUUCCUGGGAGACCAGAGCGUGGGGAAGACAAGCAUCAUCACCCGGUUCAUGUACGACAACUUCGACAAGAACUACCAAGCGACCAUCGGGAUCGACUUCCUCUCCAAGACUAUGUACUUGGAAGACCGGACGGUGCGGCUUCAGCUUUGGGAUACUGCCGGACAGGAGCGUUUCCGCUCCCUCAUCCCCAGCUAUAUCAGAGACUCGUCGGUGGCGGUGAUCGUCUACGACAUCACGAAUCGGGCGAGCUUCCUGAACACAAGCAAGUGGAUCGAGGACGUCCGUAACGAGCGAGGGAACGACGUGGUGAUGAUGCUCGUCGGCAAUAAGACGGACUUGAAGGAGCGGCGGCAGGUGUCUGUAGAGGAAGGGGAGGACCGAGCUAAGGCGGAAGGCAUUAUGUUCAUCGAGACAAGCGCAAAGGGGGGCUACAACAUCAAGGCCUUGUUUCGGAAGCUGGCGACCGCGCUGCCCGGGAUGGAGACGGCACCUGCCACGUCCAACAACGCGAAUUUGAUCGACAUCAAGCUGUCGGCUGCCCCUCCCACAGAAGACGCGGCGAGGACGUGCGCGUGCUAGCGUUUUAGGCACGGGCGGCGCCCGUUUUGUCUGGAGCUUGAUCGCGGAAUGAGGGGCACGGAACGGUGUUACGGGGUGCCGAAUAUCUCGUGCAUCCUGAACGAAGCCAGAGUGGACGUCGGCCUGGCAGCGAAACCGGGUCGGACUGUUGGCAUGAGAGGCUCGCAGCCCGACGUUUACACCUUUCGCUUCGCUUUGCACGAGUAGGAGGGAGGCGGCGCUGGUGUGGUUCGAGUCAAAAGAAGUUGGUUCUUGAACAAAUGGAGGCGUUGCUGGCUUUCACAGUGCUGGCGGUGCUCGGGGUUUUCCUGCUAUGGCAAGUUGUCUGUCUUUUUUUUUUUGUGCGAUCGGGCAAAAUUCCGGGCAGGGCGAUGGCUAUUACUUCUGCUAGAUUUCGACAGUAGUCGCCUUGAAACAGAGACGCGAUUUCCCUUGUUUUUGUUGUCCUCGGCAUGGGGUUUGUUCUUUGGUUCUGUCUCUACUGAAUUUUGAAAAUGACUCAAUACGAUGAAAACAUCGGGAGAAUCCGACGAUUAGUCUUCGAAUCUUAUGUACCAGCGUAUGCAUUGCAGUGGCCCGACGCAUAUCUAUUAGGCGUGCUGAGACUGAGGGUGUCGUGGCGUACGCAAGACGAACACACACGGUCCCGGUCAUGAGGGGUUGCAGCAAUUUUCGAAAAGGAGGCAUCAAACGCGGUUCGGCGAGAUGAGAUAAAGUUUCUUGUGUUCGUUGGUGGCUUUUCAUUUAAUACUAUUAUCGGUCUACUGACACGUAUUGACCCGUGGGUUCGAAUUUCGGUGCAUCACGAACAACUGUUUUUUUUUUUCACAUCAAGCCAGCAUUAUGGUGUGGAAGGCGAUGACCGUGUGUAUACAACAUACAGAUGGCGCCCGCACUCAAGAACCUCUAGUUUCGG